GGUCAGUUGGCUGGCGUUCAUUAGCGCUCACGUUAAAGUUAUGCAGCCCCGCAUAAGUCAUGAGUCAUACUCAUGUUUUUUAUUAGUCUCGUAAUGAAAGUUGAGCAUCGUCUAUGUGCAAAAAAAUUUAUUUUGAAAUUGCGUUUAUGUGUUUGUUAAACAAAAAUUAAAUGAAUUCAAACACAAAUUCCCACAUGACGUAGUGUGAGUUGGUACGCCACUGCAAGUGUAUCGUGUUUAAAUGCACCGAUAUACAUCAUAUAGCUUAGUUACUGUCAACAACAAUACGACCGGCAUCGUUUCGUGCGCGUCGCAGAUGCAGAAAUUCAUAUGAUAAAAAUAAAACUCGGCAUCGCACCAUUGCUCGGCCUAAUAAUGAAGAUUACGUCGUGGAAAACUCUUAUCAUUCGAUGAAUAGCAAACAGACUAUAAGCUAACAAGUGAAGUCCUAUUUAGUCUGUAGAAAUAGCAUACAUGUCUUAGAAAUCUGCCAUCGAGUUUAAAGAAAAUGAAGAUAUUGAAGUGUUUGGAAAUUGGCUCAACUGCUGUGUUGCUUUGGCUUUACCUUGAAACAAUUUUUUCCUUAAUAAUUGAUUGUUUUUACUUCACUUUACCAUGGUUUGUUUGGGGAGCUAUCGCAGUUAUUGUUCUAAUGAAAUUUUUUAUUCAUGUGCCUACACCAAACGAUGUUCAAGUUAAGAAGUUUCUUGGCAUUGAUCCUCUCGAAAUAGAUUAUGUAGCAGAUUUCAUGUCCUUUGAUAAUAUAUUAUGUGAAAAUGAGGAAGAUGAAAAAGAAAAUGAAUACGAUGAUGAAAAAAAGGAAGAAUUAAGGCUUAAACGCGAGGAAGAUGACAAAAAUUGUAUUAGAGUGUGUGCCCAUAGAGGAGCCGGAUUUGAUUAUCCUGAAAAUAGUUUAUCAGCUUUUCGCAACGCCUACCAAAAAGGUGUUGGUGCAAUUGAAUUUGAUUUAGCAUUAACUAAAGAUAAUGUUCCUAUAUUGUUUCAUGAUACUAAUAUUGAUAGAUUGACUGGCUUUGAAGGUAAUAUAAGUGAUAUGACAUGGAAUGACCUACAAGCUUAUGACAUUUCUGCUACUCACUGUCUUAGAGAAAAACUAAAUCUCCAUGGUGAAAGAAUAGCAUCGUUUGAAGAAGUUUUAGUAGAAACAUUAAAAAAUGGUCAAAGAAUGUUUAUUGACAUAAAAGCAUCAGGCAAUGAAAUAGUUAAUGUAGUUUUAGAUGCUUUCAAGAAAUAUCCAGAUUUAUAUAAUCAAGCCGCUAUAUCCAGUUUUAAUCCCUUGACCGUUUACAAUAUCAGAAAAAAAGACCCUAAAAUUAUUGCUGGUAUGGCUUAUAGACCUGGAUUUUUUACUUAUUUCAAUUAUAAUGGGCAGAAAGGACCUUGGGAACCACGUUAUAAUAGCUUACACAUGCACUUGUUAGCAUCAAUGAUGGAUCUUAUCCAUGACUGGGCAUUUCCACGUCUAACAUAUUAUUUACUAGGAUUGUCAUUUGUAUUACUUCAUAAAGAUCUCAUCAGUCCAGAAGUUGUUCGUCUGUGGAACAAUCGUGAAGUCAGAGUCUUCGCUUGGACAGUAAAUUUAUCAUCAGAAAAAACACAUUUCCUAAGAAACCUUAAGGUGUCAUAUUUAACUGAUACAUUACUUUCAUAAGCCUGCAAUAUUAUGACAAUAUUUAUAAAGCUGCAAUCAAUCUUUUAUGUAAGAAGAAAGUAUGUUGUAAAGUGCUAUAUGUAAUCCAAUUUAUUGCAGGGAUUUUUGCUAAACUUUUAAGAAUAGUUAGUAUUAUUAAUUAGAAUGUGAUGUUUUUCUUAAACAAUAUCAGUGAAUGGUAACUAAUAUAAAUCAAUAUAAAAUACAAAUAAUUUAUAUACUUUGCACAAAAAUUAAUAUUGCGACUUUUAUUUUUAUAUAUUGUGAUACUUGUACAUAUAUACAAAUUUCAUACAAAGUAGAACUUCAUAAUUAUACUCUCGAAAAUAUAAACAUCAAAAAUUAUACACAAUAGUUCGAGAUCUAUAAAAUAUAAUAUAAU